CUGCACAUUCCGUCGGAAGCUCCUUACGAGGAGUGCGGCUCCACGGCGUCUCCUCCUCGCUCCGUCCCUGCCUCGCUGAAUUUAACUAAUAGACGCAGAAUUCCCGCAUGGACACCGGAAUGCCGCUGGAUGCCUAUAGCUCACAGUCACCGUGCCUGGCCGUGCGAGGUAGUGUAGAAGUGAUGAUUGGCGCCACCACUUCUCCGAUUCUUGAUCCCACGACUGUGUCGCGCUGACUCUCUUCCUUCACUUCCGAGGACUGUCCGCACCGCGUUUCACUCGCUCGCUUGCUCGACGAUUCGUGCUUGCGAUCAGCUUCUGCUCCUCUCUGCGGAAUCCUCUUUCUGUUAAGUUCAUUCCAUUUGCGCGGGCCGUUCGUCUCUCCUGGAUUAGUUAUUACAGUCUAGCUUGGUAAAGACGUAUCGGAACGUGGGUGGAUGCCUUCAGGUUGUGCAUGGGAUUGGUUGUGGUUUUAGCAAUGCGUGGGCCUGAGGUGCCUUGUCUUGCUUAGAUGGAGUUGCUGCACAUUGAGUUUGGACUCAUGUGCAGGGCAUCUGUGGUUUAUACUAGGGAAAGUCAAGUUUGCGUUGAACAAUUUCUGGAGUAAGGGGGCUGAUUAUGGAUUUGUCUUAGUGCUAAUCAACGGGAGUUGUAAUGAGUUAAGGUCAGUCAAAGCUUGUUUUGGCUGAAAUGAGUAAAGCUUGAUGAUAAGCACAUGCUUGUGGACACAGAAUCACAGCCGCCUGCUAGAGAACCGAAGACAUGCUUUUAUGACGGUGAAGACAAGUCUGUGAUAUUUCGGAUUCGCAACUUAACCAGUGAUCCGAGAGUGCAGCUGGACGAGGUGAAUCUUUUACUAAGAAGUCCUGAUGUUUGCAGCAAAUAAUUGUUGUAAAUGGGAUGUAUGGAACCAUGCAGCCUGCAAUCGAGUUGCAAGGGUUUUGGCUCUUACUCAUGGAUACCACAUUGAGCGGGUAUUGAGACACUAUCAGUUGUCUUGCGAUGACAACGAUGAAAUGUAGUGUGCGCUUGUGCUACAAAAAGGGAGCGGGAUUGAUCAUGCGUUUCUUUUCUCGCAAAAGAAACCCUGUGCGACAUGUUGCAGGACUGGUGGUGUUCAUUUUCGUGGGUUGGGUAUUGGCUUCCAUAAUUGGGGUGGUACUCUAUAACAGCUCUUUGAAGUCUAGGAACAGGGAAUUCAGCCUCAAGUGCGACAAUCACAAGGAGAUCCUCAGGUCCGAAGUGGAGAAUAACCUGAAUGCAUCAUUUGUGGCACUGGGACUGAUUGCCGGUGUUCCUUAUGUUAACGAUUCUAUCUGGAAGAAUUUUACACGGCGAACAUUGUUUCUACGACCUAACGUAAGAACGCUGGUGUAUUGUGAGCGUGUGCUGGCCAGCCAGCGUUCGGAGUUUGAGCGCAAGUACAAUGCGACAAUCGUGACAAUUCUUCCAAAUGGGACACGUUGGAAACGGGGACCAGCAGACGAAUAUGCGCCCGUUGUCUUUCAGACUGAAGAUGUGGACCUUUAUAUGUAUGACGCUGGGUCCUCUCCUAUUCUAGACGAAGCACUUGUUAAAGCGCGUGAUACAGGUCUGUUUACCCUGUCGCCACCGAGCCCAAGGCAAAGCACAUUUCAAAUGGGAGCUUAUUUAGCCUACUAUGGCCCUGGCAAAGACUCAAGAAGUUUUCUCAGUGCUGCUGCAAGGAAAAGUGCAUGCGUGGGCUAUGUGGCAACAGUACUCGAUAUCGUCGAAGUGUUUGGUGCCGUCCUUUCCAGGUUCAUCGCCAAUGAGGACAUGGAUGUUGUGGCUGUGUACAACGUGGACCCUAAUACAACACCCCACGUAUCUUACAACUGUAGUACAACUCUCAAACCUUGUGUCCUUCCAUUAUUUGAUCCAGCAAAUCGGUCAAAGGAGCAUAGUGAUGUAUUCGUCGCAUGGGAGGUCGGGUCACAGAACUUUGAACUCCGAUGUUUGCCCAGGAGCAACAUGAAGCUCUUAGCUUUUCGGAGUGUCGUAGCAUGGCCUCUUCUGCUGGCCAUGGUGGUCCUCUUCUGUGCAAUUAUCGUGUAUCUUGUGUUGAAGCGGAUGCUGGUGAUUGAGAAAGACGUGUCUCUUAUGGAGAAAGUGAAUGCCAAACUCACGGCUGCAACCAUGGCGGCUGAAGCUGCUGAGAAGGCCAAGUCAAGUUUUCUAGCUACAGUUUCUCACGAGAUAAGGACCCCUAUGAAUGGAGUUAUCGGAAUGACAAACCUGCUGAUGGGGACAGAGCUCAAUGCACAGCAACGUGAGUACGUGAAAAUUGCACAAGCUAGUGGAAAGGCUCUACUAGCACUUAUCAAUGACGUUCUGGAUUUAUCCAAGAUUGAAGCGGGAAAGAUGGAAGUUGAGUCAGUUAAGUUGGACAUUCGGAAUGAAUUCGAUGAAAUCUUCUCAUUUCUUGACGAGAAAGAUUCCAACAAUCAUCUUGAGAUGGUAGCUUUGAUUCACGAUGCAGUGCCAUCUUGCUUAAUGGGAGACCCGACCCGCAUUCGUCAGAUCCUUUUCAACCUUGUCAGCAAUUCCAUGAAGUUCACAAAGCAGGGAAGUAUCUUCAUAUGCGUUCGGAUGCUCGACUCAUGCCAUUCUGAUCGCCUGCACCCACCUCCGGAAGUGAUCUAUGACCUUUCUCGGUCAAAGCUUUUUUUUCUAGGGAGUGUAAACAAUACACAAGUGGUGCCCAAGUCUCCCAGUGGAAGUGACACGACCGGUAUGGUAGGAAGUGAUCGGGACACAAUAUGUAGAGGAGGAUCCACGAGGCUAUCUGAGAUGCAUCUGGUGGCACCCAGGCUGAGCAUGGUACCAGGCCCAUUGAGUUCACGGGAAGCUGUUGCAGCAUGGAGGAGAUGGGAGCCCAAGAGAUCGGUUGAGACCACCGAGUCAAACCCGGUCACUCUUGUUAUCUCUGUCGAAGACACAGGUAUCGAUGUUCCACUUCAUUUACACAAUCGCCUAUUCCAACCUUUUCUUCAAGCUGACAGUAGCAGCUCGAGGGAAUAUGGAGGCACUGGUGUUGGUUUAUCGAUAUGUAAGAAACUGGCAAUGUUGAUGAAAGGAGAUCUGACGGUGAGCAGCAACCCUGGAGAAGGUAGUGUUUUUGAGUUAACGGUUACUCUAGGGCGGGCUCCACAGCCAAAGUGUUCAAACUCGUCGGGAUGUUGUACAACUCCUGACCAGCGACCUCCCUUGGAAUCUGAAAAAUUGAGGGGAUUUAGGGUUAUUUUGGUUGAUACCCAUCCUGUACGGCAGGAAGCAUAUGCGAGCUACUUAAGGAGACUAGGUGUGGUGGUUGAAGAGACGGAAGACUUAGAUGGGACUCUAGAGUUGGUCAGGAGGAAAGAGAAUUCAUCCUCAGCACAAGCAAUCAUUGUAGUUUUGCAAGGAGUAGAUAGAGAAUUAACCAUGGAAAUAGGCCAACGUGUGAGGACAGAACCUGGUUAUGAGACUCUACCGAUAAUAGCGCUCACCUGCACACCACUACCUGAUGAGCUGAAAACAGCUGGAUAUUCGUCUACUAUCUUCAAGCCUUUACGCCAUGCUACAGUUGCCACGAUAUUGUUGCAAGCUUUAGGAGUUCGAUUUCAAAUGUCUACUAAGAAAGUGGCUCCAAAUCCUAAACUAUUAACCGGGAAACGCCUUCUAGUGGUUGAUGACAAUAUGGUCAACCGAAGAGUUGCUACCUCAAUGCUAGCCCGGUACGGUGCCACCGUUGUUAAAGUUAAUGGAGGAAUGGAAGCAGUCAACGCAGUACGCAAUCAGAAGCCUGACGAGGCAUAUGAUCUUGUCUUGAUGGACAUUCAGAUGCCAGAGAUGGAUGGUUAUGAAGCCACUCGACAAAUUCGAAAGUUGGAAAUUGAGAACUGUGAGCAGUGCGCUGACAGUGAGGCUUCUGAAGAGCUUUUUAAGUGCUUUCAUCACCAUCUUCCCAUCGUAGCAGUCACAGCAGAUGUCAUGAAUGGAACUCACGAACUUUGUUUUGAUGCUGGCAUGGAUGACUACAUUUCCAAGCCUUUGGACCAGAAGCAACUUUAUUCUCUACUGGAACACUUCGUACAAGGAGAGCUAGGAGGCCAAUUGAAGAGUAGGUCACAAUGACAACCGAGGAUAACAGGGUCUUCUCUGAGAUACUGAAUGUCCAGUUCAGAAUCUUUUUCAAAAAAAAUGCGUGUUAGUGGCGGUUUCCGACAAAUACUCUCGGAGCAUCUCCUAGCGCUGGAGUGGAUAUUGUUGAAUCUUGCCAGAGUAAUAGUUCGGCAGCUUUAUUCCUUGAUUGUACGUUGGUGGUUGAGGAGGAAACUUUUGACUUGUGUUUGCAAUCAGAAGAGAAAAUUCUAGAUGACCAUUGACACUCACAGUAGUGAAUUCUGUAGCUGAACUGGUUGGUUCCAAUUCGUGUCUUGUUAAUCUUAAUAAAGUAAAUCCAACCUUGUACAUUAUCCUUUUAUUA